UCCAUGGCAGCGCCUUCGGCGGCCGGAAAGAUGGGGACUUCCGCUUCUCCUCUUUCCGACUUCCCUGAAGGGCCCAGCGGUGCUUAGGCCAGGUUAGGGCGGGGAGGGAUGCGGCGGCUGUCGCCGCCACCGUCUCCUCUCCCCCUGCUGCUCUUGCCGGCGCUGCUUCUGGUGGCCGCGCUGUGUGGAGAAGGCGCCCCUGCCCUGACGCACCCCCCGCAGCCUGUGCACUCGGGCGCCAACGCCGUGCCCGCGGCCACCCCGGCCGGCACCGACUCCCCCGACGGUGGCGAGGCGGUGCGGAGCGCCAAUGAGAGCGACAGCAGCGUGGCGCCCGUGCAUGGGCUGAAGGAGGCCUACCAGCCCAUGACCCAGCGCGCCCUCUCGGUGCUCGUCCUGGCCAGCGCUGCCCUGAUCGUCUACUUCGUGAUCCGGACCGUGCGACUCAGACGAAGAAACAGAAAGACACGGAGGUAUGGCGUUCUGGACACAAACAUAGAAAAUACAGAGCUGACACCAUUAGAGCAAGAUGAUGACGAUGAUGAUACAACACUCUUUGAUGCAAAUCAUCCUCGGAGAUAAGUAUGUGCCUUUCAGGAAAAGAUUGCAAUCGUGGAGCAACAAAAGAAGGCUAUUUGGCGGGAAUAAGAAGCCAGUAUCAGAUUUGGGACUCUCUAAAUGUUAUAUUAUGGCAUCCUUAGUUUGUUGCAAUAAACACUAAUGUUUUACUGUAUCUUUUGUAUAUAUAUAAAAAAUUUAAGUUCAAACUUAUGUAAACAGUGCACUAAACUUCAAACCUAUUUUGAACAGGGUAUUUUCUGCUUGUAUUAAUUCUGUAUUAUCAUCCUCUCUUCUAAACUACAUUUGUGGGUUUGUCAAGCAUGGUUACUUACUGUACAGCUAGCUCAGCCUUCUCAAACUUGGAAACUCCCAGCAUUCUUGACCAUUGGCUGAAGCUGAAUGGAGCUGAAGGAAGGAAAAAACAUCUGGAUGGUACCAGGUUAGGAAGAACUGAGCUGGUUUUUCUUUUAUGAGAUACCUUGCCAAAUCUAACUGUCCCUGUGUGUGAGGGGUGUUUUUCUUUUGUUUUGUUUUUGGUGAAUAGGAUGUGCACUCAAGAUCUGUAUGAGUGAUGCAAAUAAAUGUUUACAGUAUUGCUAACAUUCA